AGAAAAUUGACGUUUGUUGCAGGUGCAGCCUCUAUUUCUCUUAAUAUAUCCAGUAGAUCAAAUAGAAUACCUUUCUUUCACAACUCUCUUCACACACCAACAAGAAAAAGCAGAUCCAAGGUGGUGCUUGUUAACCUGUCAAUCUAAUCAAUCAAUCAUCAAUCAAUCAACAAAGCCCCCCCCCAUAGCUAAUCAUCAAUCAAUUUUUAAAUUCUUCAAACUUUCUUCUUUAAAACACCAUGUCCUCCUCUUCUCCACUCUCUUUGGAUCACCAGCUCCCUCCUUCCGAGCAGCUCUGUUAUGUCCAUUGCACCAUUUGUGACACUGUUCUUGCGGUGAGUGUUCCAUGCUCAAGUUUAUUCAAGACUGUUACUGUUCGAUGUGGUCACUGCACCAAUCUCCUUCCGGUUAACAUGCGUGGCUUGAUUUUUCCAUCUGCUAAUCAGUUUCACUUGGGUCACAGUUUUUUCUCUCCUUCUCAUCAUAAUCUUCUGGAUGAGAUCCCAAAUCAUGCUCAAAACUUCUUGAUGAAUCAAGCUAAUAUGAAUGAUUAUAGCAUUCCGACUCGAGGAAUAGCUGAUGAGCUUCCAAUUAUAAGACCUCCUGUUAUUAACAGACCUCCAGAGAAGAGACAGAGAGUCCCCUCAGCGUACAAUCGCUUCAUCAAAGACGAGAUCCAACGUAUCAAGGCUGGAAAUCCUGAUAUAAGCCAUAGAGAAGCCUUUAGUGCAGCUGCUAAGAAUUGGGCCCACUUCCCCCACAUUCACUUUGGCCUCAUGCCAGAUCAGACACUCAAGAAGACUACCAUGCGCCAGCAGGAAGGAGAAGAUGUUCUAAUGAAAGAUGGAUACUUUGCUUCAGCUAAUGUUGGUGUCGCUGCUCCAUACUAAUUAGUAAUGGUAAUUAAAAAAAGUGGAGAAUCUCAUGUUAAUUAGUAGUAUUUUUCUGUAUGUUAAAUCCUGUUUUAGCUUCAAACCAAAUAUCUCUAUCUAUGUUUGUAAUUCUGCGUGCGCUCCUUAGUUUGGUAGUGGCAAUUGAAAUGUCAAGUUUAAUUUAACAACUCUAA